AUGGGUAAUGUAGUUCUUGGCUGUGAUUGGUCCAAAACGCGACGCGCGGAACUUUGUGAUCACGUCCUCUAUCAACAACCGGUUCAGCACGAGUCCAGUUUUGACAUACAUGUUCACUUUUAUCAUGUCUCACUCAGUUAAAAGUGUGGCUUGCGUCACAUAUGCGGACUAGUCGACUAGUUUCUUCUUCUUGGUCGGUGUUGGUGUUGUAGUCAUGGAAGGACGCUGUGCUGUUGAGUCCUGGGCUGAGUUUGGCUCUUCAGGAACAUCAUGCACUCUGAAGGUCAUGUUUGGUUUAGAGACAGAUGUGUUCAUCUGCACUGGAGGCGACGAGGUCUCUGUGUUCAGCUCUCAGGAGAGAAAAGUCACAGCUGUCCUCCAGUUUCCUGGUCCUGUGACUGACCUGGUUGAAAGUCAUGACAAGCAGCUCCUCUAUGUAGCCUGUAGGAGCGGAGUUUAUUGUGUCAGUUUACAAUUUCUGCUAUCCAGAGCUCAAAGCUCCCCAGCUGAUGCCUCCUCCAGUCCAGCUGAGCUGAGCAUCUCUUCUGAGUUUCUUGCUGUUGCCGUAGAAGGAGUGUUAUCGCUGCUCCUCGUCGGCGAUGUACUCCUGACUCUUUCCCAGAGAGACACUUCCUGGUCGUUGACUCUGUACAGAUCCUCAAACUAUGAGAUGCUGAGUUCAUUCAGUCUACCGCUGGUCUCAGGAGUUGUACACAAUGACACGGAGGCAAAGACGGGAAUGAGAAGGACGCUGAUUUGUGUCCAUUCUAGUGACGCUUCCCCCUCCACUUCUUCCUCAGAGGCAACUUUAAGUGACGGCCACCACCGCCUCGAGUUGCUCCUCUUUAAACUUCUCUUUGGGAUCGACGCCGCCCUCGCCAAGUCGCCAGUCAUCCUCUGUGGCCUGCCAGACGGGUGCCUGUGUUUCCUCCCUCUGCGCCUCCCAGGAUCAAGGCUCCGAGUCCUGCACAGCCUCGAGCAGCCAGUCGUAUUCGUCGGAGCAUCUGUUGUCACGGAAACAGGCCCGGGACAUGCACAGUGUUUGGUGGCAGUGGGUGAACUGGGGAGGGUGGUGCUAAUCAAAACGGACAAGGGAGGGUCAGAGGGAGGGGGCAGCAGAGCUGGUUUUAUUGAGGGGUGUGUGCCGGGGCCUGUGACGUGCGGCUGUGUGGAUAGAAACGGUCUCUACUACAGCACUGGGUCAGACCUGCUGGUCCUGGAUCUGUCAGAGGGAUCAUCUAGGAGAGAGGGCCAAGAGAAGGAUGAGGAGACACCCAGUAAGAGAGACGCCGCCCUCCAAAGCCCCACCGGUUUAAAUGUGUGUAGAGUCGUCGCCUUGGCUCAGCCUACACGCAACACUGCAGGUGAAGUUCAGCUGCUGGGUCUGUCUGUCAGAGGGCAGCUCCAGAGGAUUACCUUACCUGUGGGGGGAGAGGAUGCAAAAUUGUCCAAGGUUCCUUCCACUCAGGUGGGCCGCAGCGUCAGGGACCUCCUGUCUGCCAUCGGGGACGUCUGUGAAAGAGCGUCAGUGCUGAAAACUGCCAUCAAAUCCAAAAAACUAAUACUGAGGCACCUGAAUCAGGUGCUUAACAUCAGCUUCCUGCUGAUGACCGGUACAAACAGUGAAGAGCAUCAUCCCAUCCAGGAGAAGCCAAUCAGAUGCCACGCUGUGACCAUUUGGAGCAGAUUGCUUCAAAGAGACUCCCUGAACCUGACAUGCGUCCUGGAUAAUUCAAGUCCUUAUGUUUUGGAAGGAGGCUGGACACUGAGCAUCGCUGUGUUUCCUCUGUCCUGUCCUCCCAGUGCAGGAGGGGAAAGCUCCUCCACGCAUUAUUCAUUCCCGUUCCACAACCUCCAACCAGGGGAGACGUUAGAAGUGUCGCUGCCGCUAGCUGCUGCAGGCGAAGCAUCCUUCCCCGUGACAGUGAGAUGCUCGCUCAUCUUCUCGCUGUCGUGUCUCCUGGGAGAGGAGGCCGCGAACUUUCCCGGUCUGCAAAGCAGUUACGUCAGUUUGCCGUUGAACACGCUGACGGUGGAUUGGUUGCACGCCCUGCAGGUGAACGGUCCCCAUAAAAAAGCCACAUCUCAAUCAAACAACACAACAGAUCCCAUCCAAGCUUUUUUAAGAUCACGGCAGAUUAGAUGCCGCGGAAGAGGGGAGGGAGGAGGAGAGAGAGUUUCGAAGCCUGAGCAGUAUUCAGCGAGUGUUCGAGUGUCGUCAGAGUUACUGAGGGACACGCUGGUGUCGAAAGGCUCCGAUUUGGACGCUCACAAUGUGGGCCUUUCUCUGCUGGAGUGGCUGUUGUCUGAAGGUCCCGGAGGAGUGACGACGGGACACCGAGGAGACAAGAUGGUACUCAGCAGCAGCUCAGUGGUCCAUGCUCGAGGUCCAAACGGACACGCCAUCAAACUGACUGUAAAAGAGGUAAAUAUGGGGGAGAAAGAGGAGUCCCUGACCACGGCGGAGGUUCAGGUUGAGAGCUCAUCCAUAGCAGCAGUGUGUGGACUGCACCACGCUGUGCUGCGCCGGGUACAGACUCUGUUGCAGAGGGCUCCUGAGAGAGCGGCUUCCACAAAGAGGAUCCAGAGUUUAGGUUUAAGACAGGCACUGCAGCGGGCCGAGCACCUUCUGCAGCAGAUCCAGCAAAGUCGAGUCUCGGGGGCCUUCAGCAUGGGUGCGUCCGCGGGGCAGACGACCCGAUCGCUACUCAGCAUUUACCAAGAACUCAGAGAAAACCCUCUCCUAAUAAUUUAACGCUUGUUUUCGGGCCGAGCCUACGCAGCUGCCCUCGGGCUUGUGCAGUGAUGUGACCUGUUCUUGCAGCUGACGCUUGACAAAUAAUGUCCAUAAAUGUCAUUGUUAUUGUAAUUGUGCUUUUGCAUCACUGUAAAUGACUGUUACUAUUUCAUAUUUUACACAAAGAAGAAUUUAUGACUCAUUCUUUUCCAUCAUUAUUUUGCUGUUGUACAUGCUCUAUAAAUAAUAACCAGCAACAUUGCUUGUUGUUUGUGAGUCGUGUUUGUUCAGCUCAACCUCGCUCUACAAACCAUCACAUUCAACUCAAGGCGACCGAAGAGCUCAGGCGGAGUAAAAAUAUCUGCAAUUACAGUCCAAAUGGAAAAAACUCAGUCUUACAGCUGGGUGAAGGUUGCAGUUUCACAGUCUCCUGAAAUGUGUCAGGCAUGUCGGUGUAACAGUGACACCUGAUGUAUAACAGUUGUUCUUGAACAAGUGCGCACAUUUACAGACGACUGGUAGACCUGCAGGAGUUUGAUAACGCGUUGUUGAUUUCCAGAAAGAAUAAAAAAAGUGAGUAAAUGAAUUUGAA